AUGCCUCUUCACAAGGUUGUUCUUCAGGACGGCAUCACCCAAACAGACAUUGACCGUCUCAAAUCGCUGGUCAAAUCAGCUGGGGGCCAAAUUACAGGCGAGGACAACAAUGAAGUACAAUUUCGAGUUCCUGACACUUUCGACCUGCAUCUCAUCACCAAGAACUUAUUGGUAGAAACCAUGUCGGAUCAUCCUUAG